AUGUCGGCGGCCGGCUUCCGUUUCUUCGAUGUGGCCAGGCCCCUUUGCUUCGCCGCUGCCGCGGCGGCUGCCGCCGCGAGGCGGCUGGAGCAGCCGGCGCCGGAACGAGGCCGGCAUCGGCGGCAGUGGUUUGUGCCGGGGAUUCCAGGCACGCGAGGCCACGGUGACGUUCUUUGGUGCGAGACCGCCAAGAAGGUUGCCAUUGGCAUCGACCUUGGAACGACCUUCUCCUGUGUGGGCGUGUGGAAGGACGGCGGUGUCCAGAUUAUCGAGAACUCGGAGGGCAAGAGGACCACGCCCUCCUUCGUUGCUUUCACCGAGGCCGAACGCCUCGUCGGUGAUGCCGCCAAGGCGCAGGCUGCGCGGAAUCCCGCGAACACGGUCUACGACGCCAAGCGGCUUAUCGGUCGGAAGUUCCAGGACGCACCGGUGCAAGCGGAUAUCAAGCACUGGCCUUUCAAGGUCGUGCGCGGGAAAGACGACAAGCCGCUGGUCGAGGUGCAGUUCCAGGGCAAGACCAAGCAGUUCCAUCCGGAGGAGAUCUCAGCCAUCGUCCUCCAAAAGAUGAAGGAGACAGCCGAGGCCUACUUGGGCCAUCCUGUCACCGACGCUGUUGUCACAGUGCCGGCGUACUUCAACGAUUCCCAGAGGCAAGCGACCAAGGAUGCUGGGGCCAUUUGCGGCCUCAACGUGCUGAGGAUAAUCAACGAGCCCACGGCGGCGGCAUUGGCUUACGGCUUAGACUCCAGAGAGCGGAGCGCCCGCAAUGUUCUGGUGUACGACAUGGGAGGUGGAACGUUUGAUGUCUCGCUUCUCGAAAUCGAGGACGGCGUCUUCGAGGUCAAGGCCACUGCCGGUGACACUCAUCUCGGUGGUGAGGACUUCAGCAAUCGCCUUCUGGAGCACUGCAUCAAGGAGUUCGAAAAGAAGAACCGCGGAAAGGAGGUCCGUAAAAAUCAGCGGGCCCUUCGGCGACUUCAAGCCGAAUGUGAUGCAGCCAAGAGGACGCUCUCCUCAUCCGCACAGGCAUCCAUCGAGGUCGAUUCCCUCCUGGACGGGCUAGACUUCUCCCUGGCAGUGAGCCGGGCGAAGUUCGAGGAGUUGAACCAAGACCUGUUCAAGCGGUCGAUGGAUUCGGUGGAGAAGGUGCUCAGCGAUGCAAAAGUCGAUCGGAAAGCGAUUGACGAGGUAGUGCUGAUCGGGGGCUCCACCAGGAUACCGUACGUCCAGAAGCUCAUCGAGGACUACUUCAGGAAAGAGCCCUGCCGUUCGAUCAACGCGGACGAGGCAGUCGCCUACGGUGCCGCCGUGCAAGCAGCGGUUCUGAGCGGCGUCAAGGGGAAAGAUUCCCCGUUGAAAGACCUGGUGCUGCUGGACGUGACGCCUCUUUCCCUGGGCCUCGACGCCUGGCCUGACAAAGAGAAUAUGGCCUUUCCCUCAUCCCCCCGGUACGGUGCAUUGAGCAUGGUCCAACGGAGCAUUACGUCGGCUCCUGCGUAA